UUGGACUCACCUGUUAUCUUAUAAAUUCCUGUAGCGGCAAAUCAGCCCCUUUCAUUCGUUUUAUUUUUAUUUGUAACUAUGCAAUUAGUUUGUUUAAUUUCUUUAGCCUUAUUACAGCAAUCGGGGCUGUUACAAGUUGUUUCUUCUGGGACGGCUCCAUUAAAGUGUGGCAGAGGAUCUAAAGCUUGUGCCGAUGGUUCCGAGUGCAUCUUGUACAACCAUGUGUGUGACGGGGAGCCAGACUGCAAAGACGGAUCUGAUGAAGAAAACUGUGCUUCAGACUGCACUGAAGCCCAGUUUCAGUGUGCCCACGGGAGGAAGUGCAUUGACAAGGAGCAGGUGUGUGAUGGAGAGUCUCAGUGCCAGGACCGGUCAGAUGAGCAGCACUGUACAACCACGAGCGAUGGCUGUGUUCACCACUGUGACAACAAGAGCCGCUGCCUGCCACUCAAUUUCCUGUGUGACGGCGAGAGGGACUGCCUGGAUGGGACAGACGAGGCAGCAUGUGAGGACCAAGAUGAAGAAAAGGAAGACAAAAAUAUUAUCACUUUAUCAGCGCCAUCUGCUGCUCCACUGAGCUGCUCUCUGGCAUCCAAAGCGUGUAAAGACAACUCUGAGUGUGUCCUGUAUGACCAUGUGUGUGAUGGGGAGGUGGACUGCAGGGACGGGUCAGAUGAAGAGGACUGCCAAUCGAAGUGUACUAAAGGUCAGUUCCAGUGUGGCCAUGGGCGUAAGUGUAUAGAGCAGACUCAGGUGUGUGAUGGGGUGCCUCAGUGCCAGGACCGCUCAGAUGAACGGGACUGCUCGGGGCUGGUGGAGGGCUGCUCUCAUCAGUGUGAUGGCCGUAGCCGCUGUGUGCCAUCCAGCUUUCUCUGCGAUGGAGAGAGGGACUGCCAGGAUGGAACCGACGAGCUCAACUGUGUGGAGAAACCAUGCAGCCCCGGUGAGUUCCAGUGUAACAGUGGUCAGUGCGUGGUGGCCUCCAUGCACUGUGACGGACAUCCAGAUUGUAUCGACCAAUCGGACGAGGAGCGCUGCUCCAAGCCUCCUGUGUGCGCCACCAAACUGCGCUGCCCUCACAGCAGAGAGUGCCUGGUGCAGGAGUGGCUCUGCGAUGGGGACCAGGACUGCAGGGACGGCACCGAUGAGAAGGACUGUCAAGUGACUCCAGUGUCAUGUGGAGAGUUUCAGUGGACCUGUAAAUCCAAAACUAAGUGCAUCCCUGCAUCAUGGAGGUGUGAUGGUUCCAGAGACUGCGAAGACGGCAGUGAUGAGACUGAAUGUGAUGUGGUGAAAUGCCCCUCUCACCAGUUUCAGUGCAGAGCAGGGGGCUGUCUAGACUCUGGUCUGGUCUGUAACGGUGUUGGAGACUGUGUGGAUGGGUCAGAUGAAGGAGGAAGCUGUGGGGUCAAAUGCACAGAAGAGAAGCGCCACAGCUGCUCACAGACCUGCCUCAAUACACCACAGGGACCCCGUUGCAGCUGUUCUGAAGGAUACAGACUGUUGGAGGAUGGUGUCACUUGUGUAGAUGUGGAUGAGUGUGAGGCCAGGACUCCUGUGUGCAGCCACAUCUGCACAAACAGCCCCGGCUCAUUCACCUGCUACUGCCAUCCAGGAUAUAUCAUGGAGCCAGACGGACGACACUGCAAGAUCACGGGUGAGCCGCUUCUGUUGUCAUCCAUCUUGAAUGACUUGUUUGUGGUGGGGCUCCGCAGUGGCAGCGUGAAUGUCCUGCCAUCGUCUACCAAAAAGGCUAUCCUCUCUGUGGACUAUGACUGGAGGGAGCGGCGGGUCUACUGGGACAGCCUGGACUCAGACAGCAUUAAAUGGUCCUCACUGGACCACAAGAUCACCGGCACUCUCAUUGAAGGGGUCCGAGCUGAUUCGGUGGCUGUGGACUGGCUUGGGAGGAACCUGUAUUGGAUUGAUGGAGUAAAGAGUCAGAUCUUUGCCAUUCAGCUCCCAUCACCCACUGUGACAAGACCGGACUUCACUGUGAUCCUGGACGAAGACUUGGACCAACCAAGAUCUUUGGCUCUGCUCCCACAAAAAGGGUUGAUGUUCUGGACAGAGAUUGGCACCAUAGUGAAGAUUGAGCGUGCUGGGAUGGACGGGUCAGAGAGGAGGGCUGUGGUGACCUCCAGUCUGGGGUGGCCUGUGGGAGUGGCCUUGGACCCAAUCUCCAACAGAGUCUAUUGGACUGACCAGCGUCUCAGGGCCAUAGGGUCUGCUACUCUGGACGGGGAGGACAUCCAGAUCCUACAGAUGGAGACCAUCAACCCAUUUUCUUUAGCAGUCUUCAAUGACAUGAUGUACUGGUCUGACACGAAAAGGAGAGUGGUGCAGGAAGCCACUAAACUCACAGGCAAAAACAGACGAGUGCUUCUCAAGCGGCCCAGACAGCCUUUUGGAGUGAAGGUAAUGCACCCGCUGCUGCAGACCUCCAUAGAGUGGCCCUGUGAGGCUAAAGGCUGCUCCCACUUGUGUGUGCUGGCCCCUGGCCCCAGAGCCGUGUGCAAGUGCCCCCCUGGCCUCCUGCUGUCUGAGGAUGGACUCGCAUGCUCCAGUCCAGUCAACACAGCCCUUCUUCUCAUGCUGGCUCCUUCUACUGUCACUCAGAUCUACCUACAGUCCCGACACACUGCAUUUGGAUUAAAGGACUGGCCUGAACACUCAGCCCUACAACUCCCCAGCAUCAACCAGGCAGCCAUUUUGGACUACAGCUUCAAAGACAGCACUUUAUUUGUAACAGACGACAGCACAACGUCACUGAGCUACCUCCAAAUCAAAGAUGGAGCCCUGAGUCGUCCCCACCAGCUGCUUAGAAUCCUGGAUGACACCAUUACCGCUAUGGCUUUGGACUGGGUCACUUUGAAUGUCUAUUGGAGUAGCAGUAAACAGCAGAGGAUACAUGUAACUUCUACUACAAAUAUGUACACAGCUGUUGUUCUCAAAGAAGGCAUCGGGCGAGUUGAGUCUAUCGCGUUGCAUCCUCAAAGCGGGCGUGCUUGUUUUGCUAACCAGGUGUCGGAGGCCGGGGACACUGGGGCCACCAUAGAGUGUUCAAACAUGGACGGAGGGGAGAGGAGAGUGGUGUGGAAAGAUGCAGUAACCCCAACGUCACUAGUCUUCACCAGCGAUGGGAAAUCUGUCUACUGGGCGGAUACUAGUGUGGGAACAAUCAGCUCAGUGCAGUUGGAUGAGCUCGCUUACACAGAGUUUAAAGUCGCUGAUGAUUUGGCGGCCGUGGCUUUGAAUGAGGAUGUGCCGCUAUGGAUGACCACUGGAGAUGUGACCAGAGUUUGGUUCCUGGAUGAGCAGCAGCAAAAUAAGAUGUGGUUUGAAGUGGGUACUAAAGUGGUCAGUUUGAAGGUGUUCAGCAGAGCCAGCCACAAAGGUUCAAAUCAGUGCUCCGUGGACAAUGGGGGCUGCUCUCACCUGUGCCUGCCCACCGCAGAGGGCCGAUCCUGCAGAUGCGCCCAUGACCAUGCCCCCCUGAACUCCACCCACUGUCACCCACACCAACACUGUCCCACAGGAAGCAGGCUCUGUUUGGAUCAGCUCUCCUGUCAACCCAUAGACAAGUUCUGCAAUGGACACGUGGACUGCCCCGACCACUCUGACGAAAACUGCAUCACUCAAAAUGAGAAGUCCUCAGGUAUGGUCCCUGGCCACACACACCACCGCAAUCAUCCUCCUCCUCAGUCUUUCCCUGCUCUCCCCAAAAACGCAAGCACCUCCCUGAACACCAGUGAAGGGCUCUGGACUGUGGACCUGGAGCAGUGCAGUUUCACCCGGUGCAGCGGUAGGGGGCGCUGUCUGGUGGUCGAUGGGAAAAUGCAGUGUGCCUGUUCUCUACUGUACAGAGGUGAAUCCUGUGAGGACAACCUGCUGAAGAGCCUACAGGAGCCUCUGGUCUAUGGGGCCGUGGGACUGGCCACACUGGUGGCUGUCAUUGUGGCGCUGGUCAUUUUUAGGAGAAGAAGAAAUGAUGAAACCAGUGGAGCGGACCCACCAGCCGUAAGAGAGACCAGUCUGACAGAGAUUGAGACCAAAGCAGAGACCAAAGCAGAGCCCAGCCCCUCCACACAGACCUCCCCCACUGAACCAGACAAACCCGAGGAAGUGGUGACUCCUGUAGACUGACAGUGAUUUAAGACUGAUGGCUGAUUUUAAAUAAACCGUAUGAGUUUACACUGUG